GAUGUGGUAACGGAAAAGCCUGCGCUUGACUAAAUUAGGUUAUGUCUUCCAGUUAUGCUGAUGUUUGUCAAGUGUAGUUCAAACCGGUGAAGAUGGAAAUAGAAUUAAUCGAAUUAAAGGAUAUAAAAGCCGUGCCGGACAUAAUACACUCAUAUCCGCAACGAGUGAAAUCAGAAUGCACGCCGCUCGUUAUCGACAAUGGAUCCUACAACUGUAGAGUCGGUUGGGCCACCGAGAAGGAGCCGCAAUUAAUAUUCAAGAAUCUCAUAGCGAAACCACGCAAAGAACGUGGCAAGAAAGAUGGGGAGCCUCAAGUGGGAAACGACAUUGCAAAUAUCGAAGCUGUUCGAUUUCAGCUGAAAACACAGUUUGACCGAGAUGUGGUAACUCAUUUUGAGGCUCAAGAACAAAUAUUCGAUUACACAUUCACGCACAUGGGUAUAGACACCGAAGGAAGUGUAAAUCAUUCGAUUAUCUUGACUGAAGCAUUCCUCAAUCCCAAUUAUUCACGCAAUUUGAUGGCAGAAUUGUUAUUCGAAUGCUACAGUGUGCCAUCGAUAGCAUAUGGAGUUGAUUGUUUAUUUUCAUAUCAGCACAAUAACUGUCCUCCUGAUGGUCUAAUAGUUAGUAUAGGAUAUCAUACGACUCACAUAAUACCAAUAUUAGAUGGAAAAGCAGAUGCCACAAAUGCUAGAAGAAUCAAUGUUGGUGGAUAUCACAUUACAUCGUACAUGCAUCGACUCCUUCAAUUAAAAUAUCCAGUACAUGUUAAUGCAAUAACACCUAGUCGUGCAGAGGAACUGAUACAUGAAUACUCGAUGAUUGCUUUAAAUUAUCAGGAAGUAAUAUCUAAGUGGGCUGAUGUCGAUUACUAUGAUACAAAUGUCUUAAGAGUGCAAUUACCAUAUAUUGCCCCUACCGCUGCUCCUGGCUUAACGCUGGAACAGCAGAAGGAAAGGAAACGGGAAUUAGCACGAAGAUUGAUGGAAAUCAAUGCAAGGAAGAGGGAAGAAAGAUUGGCUGAAGAUGAGGAGCAGCUGAAUCAGUUGUUGGCAGUCCAAGAUCUCCUAGAGGAGGGUGAACUCGACGAGUUUGAUCAAGCAUUGAAAUCUUAUUCUCUUGCAAAUGAGGCUGAUCUAGUAAAGAUGAUUAAUAAUUUACAAGCAAAAGUAGAGAGGACCAGACAAAAGAUCGUCGCUGCUAACUCACAAGAGGAAAAUAUUGUGAUGGAAGAACAAAAGCCUAAAAUUAAGUCGAAUCUUCAACCAAAGGACCAGCAGGAUUUCGACGAAUGGAUUGCUGGAGUUAGGAAAAAAAGACAAGAGAUAUUAGAUAAACGUAUGGCGAAAAGACAAAGAAGGCAAGACAUGGCGAAACGAAGAACAGCCGCCGCACAAGAGAGAAUGCGCAUAAUCAGCCAGUUGGCAAGAAAAGAAAAGCGUGAUGACGAUUUCGGUAUACGAGACGAAGACUGGGACGUAUACAAAGUUAUAAAUAGGGAAGGCGGUGAUUCAGAUUCGGAAUUAGAGCAAGAGAAGUUGUUGGAACUGGAAGAUGUUUUACGUCACCAUGAUCCGGAAUUUGAUAGCGCCGGAUCCAGCGUCCCUAUGGUUCCCGGAGAAACUCACCAACUUCACGUAGGUGUGGAGCGCUUACGUGCGCCGGAAUUAUUGUUCCAACCGUCGAUGGUUGGUUCCGUGGAGGCAGGAAUUGCCGAGACAAUCGAAUAUGUCUUGAAACAAUAUUCGACUGAGGUACAAACGCGUUUAGUCAGUAACGUGUUUCUCACCGGUGGACCGACAGCCUUCCCAGGUCUAUUGGAGAGAUUGAAACGCGAAUUACGCGAAAUGAGACCCUUCGGCUCAAACUUCCAAGUGAACAUCGCGAAAAACACCAGUUUGGACGCCUGGUACGGUGUAAGAGACUUCGGACUGAACGGUAAUCUUCCCGAGUAUUUAAUCAGCCGCAAAGAAUACGAAGAGAGAGGCGGGGAAUAUUUCAAGGAACAUUUGACGAGUAAUACUUACACUCGAUCGCCUGAUCCUUUGCCAAUGAUACAAGCACCUGUGACGUCCGAGCAAGUGAUCGUAGAGUGGAAAGCAAGCGAUGCUGUGGUCGAUGUGGAAAUUGAGUGAAAGGUUUUACUUAGUAACAACUGUACAUAAAGUAUAAUUUGAUCGUGAUGUACGUAUAGAAGACAGACUUUAUACUAAAUGGAUAAUGGUAAAAAAAGAUACGACCAAUUGUUGUUCAUGGAUAUCUACUUUAUUACACAAGUAUUUCCGUUUGUUCAUUUUAUUACGAACAAACUACAUUGUAGUCUGUUUGCUGAUCACAAUAUACAGUUCCCAAAACAUCUUCGCAUUUCGCCAUUCAACACAAUUACGCGGGAUACGUAUUUAUACGUUUUCACAUUUCUUAUCUCGAGGACGAUCGACAUCGGCUUCUGGGCGUUCUUCGAGUAGCCUAAAAAAUUAUGAAAGUGAUCCCUCACCCUAGCGAUAAGAUUGAUUUUAGCAGCAACCUCAGUACAUAUCUCCGUUCUCGGUCCGCAGCUUAAGCUAACAUCACAAUAUAAUAACAUACUGAAAUCAUUGUCGUGACUCCCACAUGAGCGGUCACAACUAAACGACUAAUUCUUAUGCAACACAUUGUUAAAGGAACCCAUACCGCGUAGCACAUGACGCCUCAAUUGAUUCGAGCCUAAUCUGACAACAAGCAGAAUGCAGACGGAAAAAUUUAUGUCGAUGGCAAUCACAAAAAUCACCUCAGAUCACAAGUGCACAGCAUUUUUUCAUAUAUAUUUCAAUGAAACCUCGAAGAUUCCAUUCGUUUCACACGUUAUCGCUUCGUAUCACUCUUAGUCUGCAUUUUAUGCAGUUACAAACGUGAUACACAUAUUGUUAUAGACAUGUCGUUUUUAAAAAAAACAUGUACUGUAUUGAAUAUAUAUGUACAUACAUAUAUUCAAUUUUUUCGUAGACAACGUGCUGAAAUAUACAAACAUAAAUCUAAUAUCAAUAGAGCACAAUGUUCUGACGAUAUUCGCAAACGAAAAUUGCAAAGCUCGUCACAAAGUUAUUAUCAUCCUCAAAUAGUCAUGAACAAUGACUGUAAGAUAAUAAGAUUGAAAAGAGAAAGAGAGAAUUUGACAAAGUAAUAUAUUGAUUUACACCAUAUUUAUACGAGUUAAACGUUGAAUUUUUGAGGGAAUACUUUUCGUUCACAAGGCUCGCCAAUCGAUUGUACGUAUCUUAAUACAGCGUGAAGAACUUAAUUUACAUAUCCUUUACAACUAUCACAGUUUGAGGUCGCUGCAAAUCAAUGUCUCGCCUGUAAUGACGCACUAUAUCUUAUGAAAUUUUCAUUCAAAGAGAAUUGUGGAAGGGGAGGUGUGGAGGACACUUGGGUAAUCUCGUUUAUGAUAAGAGAAUGAGGUAGAGAAUCCAAUCUGCAAAAUAAAUAAAAAUACAACUUUUGAUCCGCCUAUGCUAUAAGUGAGGGCCUACUUCCGUUAAAAAUAAUGUAACAUUAAUUAAAAGUAUACGUAACACUUUAAAAAUUAUGAUCGCGACGACGAUGAAUGAUGAUGAUGAUAAUAAUGUGAUGGCCAUGAUAACAAUAAUCAUGAGAAAGAGAGAAUAUAAUAUUAAUAAUAUAUAAUAAUAAUUAGGAUGAUAAUAAGGGAUCAUAAUUAUAGCAAUAAUAAUAAUUCACAAUAAUAACUAGUGUACAACAACGAUUCACGUUUUUCUGCAAUAUAAUGGCUGUAUGUACUUAUAUAUACAUAUAUAUUUAUGUAUAUAGUUCGUAUGGUGGGGCAAAGAGUGACAGCUAUGUACAGUACAUACUUGCCUUAGUUGUACUUCCUCCCCUCCCCCCAUCUUUACGUUAUACAUACCUAUAUCCUUCGCAUUAAUUAUAUGACAAUAAUAAUUAAUAGUUAUUUUGAUGAUAAUAAUAAGAAUAAUAAUAAUAAGAAGAAUAAUUACAAUAAUAAUAAUCGUAAUUAUAUUAGUAUCGUUUACUCAUAAAAUAUCCUAUAUAUAACACGUAUACCUGUAAUAUAAUAACUAGAUAUGCAGUAUAUACGUAAAGAGAGGAUGUGUUCAAACAAGAUAUGUCGAUAAAAACUAUGGUAUACCAAGCAUUAACUAUUUAUUCUCUCUGCUAUAUAUCGUUUGUCUUGUUCUUCUUUCAUCCUCAUUUUUUUUUUCGCAAAAUGACUAUUACAAAAGUGCAUUUACCUCGCGUCCUUAUAUUUUAUACGUACAUACAUAAAUCGGCGCAGACCUAUCUACCGUUUCCUCUUCAUUGUCGUUUAUAUAUUAUUAGUUCGGUAGCGGUUAAUUAUAUAUAUACACAUAUAUAUGAGAUUAUAUACAUGUAUAUAUAUAUAAAAUAUUUCAUUUGUAUACUUUAUUCUUUCUUAUAACGGAGCGCGCGCUACGAUAAUCCCCUUGUUUACAUCAUACAUACAUACGUACGUACAUACAUACACACUGCGGGUGUAUAACACGUGACAUGAUACUUUCUACGCAUCGACGGUAUAUAUAUAGGUAUAUCUUAUCGUCGUAUCGUAUAAUAAUUUUGUUCCUCCUGUGUGUGAUUUUAAAACGCGACAUCGCUGACGGGUUGCGCGUCAAGUACCCGUGAUUAACAGCAACCCUCUUACACCCUACCUAUCCACUCCUUUUAUUCAUCAAAGGUUUCGACGACACGCAAUUCCGGACUUGCUUUCGUUCGUCUUUUUAGUCGAGGCUUUAGGCACCGUUCAAAACUCGAGUUGAGAGAUAUAUUAGCGAUAGAAAAGCUUACGCUUGUACUUACGGCCUGGCGAUUUCUCUUUUAGCACCCCCGAUAGACCAAAUUUUCUUAACCAUGUAUUAACCCUUCACAGCUCGUAAGGACGAAUCAAUGUAACAGUACAGAAAUUGACGGUAAUAUACGUACUGUCUGUGUGGAAAAAAAAAAUAAUCGACUGUAAAUGUGACGACCGAAAAAACACGACAUUGGAUCCGCUAUCGAUACGAUUACGCGCGAGAAUAGUAAUCUCCCAAAAUCGAUCGCAUCUUAUACAUCGUCGAACUUAAGACAUACGCAACAAAAGACUAGGUAUCGUACGUCGAUUACGAUUAACGCAAUCUUGUUUGAAACAUGGCUGCGAAACGUCUCGAGAACUACAUGCAAGUUUCCAUAAAUAUCGCGGACUUUUCUUUACACCGUGACACUAUUUCAUCCCUGUGUGUGUGUGUGUGCAUCGCUGUCGCGUAGGUGUAACGCUAAGCUGUAAAGAGUGAAUGCAAAGCGCCGAGGCGCACUUUCGCCGUCGUUGCAAAAAAAAUAUCGUUGGACGAGGAAGACCGUUAUUAUGUAUAUAUAUGCGUGGAUUUCGUACAUGUAAAAAUGCAUGUCAAAUCUCUCGUCGGCUCUCUGCUACAAAAAUAUCGAUAUAUUUCAAAUGAACCGGUAGACACCGUUCGCACGCGCGCAUGGCAGCGCGAACGCGUCACUUUGUUUAUCGUCUACACUUUUGAGUCGAUUACUUUUUACACGGUUUUACAGAAAUUGCGCUACACACGACGACAUACGUCUCUCUGUCUCUCAACGUGGUUAUUUUAAUCUCGAAGUGCCCUCCCGUAUAUUCCUUUUUACCUUUUUUUUUUUUUAUUUAUUUACUUGUUUCACUAUUACGUCAUCCUUCCAAGUGAUUCGCUUGACGCACACGACACUCUUUGUACAUCUCUUUUACACCAUAUUAAAUCUAGCUCGACGCGUGGAUCAAGCAAAUCGCCCACAAGUCAAAACGACGACCGCGCCUCGCCGCAAAAAUGAAGCGACGCGCGUCGCGCUCCGGCAAUAAUUGUUCUUAUAGGAAUACAAAUGGAGCGCUUUGUCAUAUUGUCGAAGCGGCCGCGACCGCCGUCGCUAUCGAGGCGGAGGAAUAUCUUAUUGCUGUAAAUUCAAAGUUCAGCCAGCUAAAGUAUCCUUCCCUCGCGCUAUAAACCCACCUAACCUCCGUUUUUCUUUUUUUUUUCUCCCACUCACUCGCCCGCGAAAAAGAUUGCUUUGUGAAUUAUCAUUGCCCUGGUAAUAAGGUAUAUAUGUUUGACUCCGUAUCGUGUGUUCGUGCGCGUCUCCGUGUUGGUACCAAACUAAAGCCAGUACUAGAAGUGCGUGUCCCUCUUUCUGGGUUUUUUCUUGUUUGCUUAAUUAUAUAUAUAUAUAUAUAUAUAUAUACAUUAUAUAUAUAUAUAUAUUCUCCACCGGUUGCGUGGACCUCCACGACGCCUACAAAAAUCCUACACACUACUUCAUUACGCAGGCCUCUAGAAGACUUACGGUAGCACGAUAAACCUCUAUAAAAAUAAGAGCUAUCCUACGUAAACGUAUUACAAAAAUAAAUGGCAUUGUACUCUGCUAAAGAAGCAAAAUGGUACAGGCGCAAUGUCGAGCGACGCGAGCAUUGUCA